AUGAGCUUGUCAGAAAAUAUCCAGUUUGUGUCGACAUUAGUGCGCAAACCAAGAAUGACGAUCAAAAACUAUCUUAAUAAUAAUGCUGGUCAGUUUUGCAUGAGUGAAAAUGCGUACGUUAAUCUCCUUAAUAAGGUUGCCGAAGUGCGCAACGAUACGGCUCAUUCCAUUAAUCAAACUCGCAUAAAUAAAAACGUUAAUGCGAAUUCCUAUAAGCAUUUGGUCGCAUGUCCAUUCCUAUUAAAGAAAGGACAUUGUUUAAAGGGAUCAAGAUGUGAUUUUUCUCACAAUAUUAGCCAAAGUCGCAUAAGUAAAAAGGCAAGCGUGAAUCCCCCUAAAGAAGUCAUUGAAGUUAGCAACGAUGUGGUUUAUCCUACUACCCUUAAUGACAGUAGUGUUAGUACUAAUUCUAGUGCUUCUAAUGAAAUGUAUGCUAUACCAGUAAAAAUCACCACUCGGAGACGCGCUAAACGCAACCCGCAAAAAUUCAGAAGGAGAAAUAGUGAGUAUUUUUUAUGGGACUCGGGGAAUCCCAAUCGCCCUCCAGAAUCAAAGCCAGCAUCACAACUCGAAAAUCACAACUCCUGGAAGGCUUACCUACAAUCGGUCAACCAAACUUUGGACCAACUUGGAACCCUAGUAUAGGUGAAAACCUACGUACUAACGAUGACAUAUUCACUAAUUUAUCUUAUAAUCCACCGCCACGCAAUUCGAAUAAUUUGAUAACUAUUCAUGUUUGUAAACCAGGACCACCAGAGAGUCGCUCUAUUCCUACGUGUAUUGUAAUUAAUGCGAGAUCCUUAGCUAAACCUGACGCUUGCUCGGCAUUGUACUUAGAAUUGAAUAGUCACAAUGUAGAUCUGGGUAUUGUGACAGAAACUUGGCUAAAAUCUACCAUUCCCAGUCAAGUGGUAAGCCCUGACGGUUUCACUGUGAUACGGAAAGACAGACCAUAUGGUAGGCAAGGUGGUGGUGUAGCAGUCUUUUUUAGGCACGAUUGGAAACUCGAAAUUUUGGAAGCAUUUUCGAAUCCUUAUGAAUGUCUAUGGACUAAAAUAACAACCAAUAACUCGAUAUUUUACUUAUCAGCAAUAUAUCAUCCUCCAUCUCCUGAAUACCAUCCUGAUGAUCUCCUUGAUUUCCUAAUGGACUCAUGUGAGAGAUUAUUAUCAUUAGCGCCCAACGCGGAACUAAUCAUAGCUGGUGACAUUAACCAAUUGGCGAUAAAGACAUUGCUAAAUUACCAUUCGUUAGUACAGAUUGUGAAUCUUCCGACUCGUCUCCAAAAUAUCCUUGAUGUGUUUGUAACCAAUGUUCCCAACUUCUGGA